UCGACAAGUAAGAUGGCGGCGAUUAAUGUGAAAGGCGAAACGUUGUCGUAUUUCUACUUGUAAAUAAAGUAAUUUGUACUCAAAAACAAUAUAACGUUUAUGAAAGCAGAGCAAGAGAAGUUAUAAAGUGUAAAUUGCAUCGUGAACAAGUGUGAAUAACAUAUAAUUUGAGUGGCAGUUCGUUUCACAAUAGACAAAACCCGUCGCAGCGAGGAGUCGAGGCCAUAUUUAUGAUGUUAUCUGUCGUGUGAGCGUCCUCGGAAACCACAUUGAUAAAUGCUCAUUGAAAAUAAGGCGAUGGCGUUUUGUUUAUCUCAAGACUGUAUGAACAAAAUGGCAUGACUUCCAGUGAUCCAGUUUAGUGGUAGUAACAAUACAUUUGAUGUGAUUAUGAACUAUGGAUGAAAGUGUGGACAUCUAUUGACAUAUACAUACAUUGACACUAAACAAAACAUCACGGAGGUGGUAAUGGAUCCAGUAGGACCAUGGUCAGCAUAUGCUUCCUACAAUCGGUUAGCAGGGGUCCAGGCUGGUGCUGCAAGUGGGGAUUUUCAUCACCACCUAGCAGGAAGUGGUUCAGGAUUAGGCGCUCAAUCUGUGCCUUCGACCACAAGCCAGUUGUUACUUCAAGCAGCUCAUACAACAGCAUCAUUGGCAGGACAACUUGGUUCAUCAACUGCCUCACCUUUCAAUCCUGGAGGAUUUCUUUCCCCACCCGCAGUUGGGUAUGAUGCAGUAUUUUCUCCUCUGUUUCAUCAUGCCAACCCAAAACCUGCCCAUUAUAGUUCUUCUCUUCAAGCUCAGCAUCGACAAGUGAUAGCUCAAGCCCAAGCCGCAGUUGCAUCCAAGCAAUCUUCAGUAGAAUCUGAACUCUCUUCAUUACGGGAAAAUUAUUCUCACCAAACAUUAGCUGCCCAAGGAACAUCAUUUUUUGAUCAAUCCUCAACUCCAGGCAGCACAAGUGGACUAAGUUGGCAAGGAAACAAUCAACUUCCUAGUCCCUUUGGGAUUUUACCUCAUGAAAGUGUAGUCCCUUCAUCACCAAGUCCAGCUACAACAAAAGCAUCGGCAACCUAUGAGAAUUUUAAUGCACAUUUUGCUGCAGCACAAACCCUGAACAAUCAUCUGAACUCUCAGAUAUCCAGUGCCGGUAAACAAACAAAUAGGUCUGGCUCCCCAGCAUCGAAGCAGCCAGCUUCAUCAACAUCGUCUACAACAUUCUUUCAAUCUCCUUCAUCUUUUGGAAAUCAGACUGAUAAUUCAUACAGUACAAGCAGUGGAAAGACUGGUCAACUUUCGUCUCAGCAGGAUUAUGCUGGAAGUAAGUCUUAUUCAAGUUCGGCAAGUACAACUGUACAUUCCCAGCAGUCUUGUAUUGUGUCAACUCCACCAGUGACCUCAUCCUCAACUCCCAGUAAAGAUUACCGCUCAUCUUCUAGCACAUCCUCAAGACCUUCAUCUUCCAUUUAUAAUUCCCAAUCUCCCAAGAACACAAGUAGUGAGAAAACAGCACGUACUACUAGUAGCAAUAGUAGUUUUAUCUCUCCCACAUCUAAACCACCCCAAGUACAGACGAAAGCCCAAAGUAAAAUUUAUCCAGAAUUAAGUACAGAACAAAGGAAAAGCUGUGAGGCAAGUGAAAAGAUUCAGCCACAGUCUUCUCCUAUAAGUUAUUCAAUAAUGGAUGCCCCUGGAAGAUUGAGUUAUAGUAGUAAUAGUGCAAGUACUACUAAGUCAAGUAGGCUUGGUGGUUCUCAGUACUCUUCUUCACCAGGAUCAAGUUUCAGACACUAUCAAAGUGGAAAUAAUGUAGAGUCAGAUUACCAUGUAAGAGCUAAAAGUAGUUCUAGCACAGAUACAGGUUAUUCCAGUAGUAGCUCCCAAAAUGGUCCUGAUUGUGGUGUAGUUGUGUCCAGACGGCAGAGUCCCUCUCAGGCACCACCCCAGACAUCGCCUUUAGGUCAUGGGUCUAGUCCUGCAUAUCCAAUGUAUCAUAGUCCAAUGAACUCCAUAAACUCCCCUCAGCAACAUGGUGACCACUAUAAAGUAAAUAGUGCAGCACCACGUUCACCAUUGGAUGCUUCAGUUGCACGGCCUCCUUCACAGAAUAGUCAAGUAGCUUACCCUUCAGUUAUAACUAGAGCACUAGGCAUUGAGCAAAAUAAAACUUAUGCAGAAAACCGUUAUGAACGUUCUCAGUCUUCCAGUCAAAGCUGUUGGGAGGGUGAUAGACAGACAUCUCGUAAAUAUUCUAGUAACAGCAAUAAUACUAAUAGUAGUUACAAUAGUAAUUCUUUGUCUGAAAAUAAUACUCAUAAUGAUGAAUCUUCAUCACAGUCCCAAAGUACUGCUCAUAGAACUUUAAAUUUAACUGAUAAACAUCAAAAUUAUUUUGAUAGUAAUAAUGUAGCUUUACAAGAUUUGUCUAGCUGCCGCGGUGAUCCUAUGAGUAUAGUAAAAAACUUGCAGAGUUUACAACAAAGUUGUCAAUUACAAGAAAUGAAAUCAAGUAAAAGUCAGCCCCCUCCAUCUAAUUCAACAACGUCAAAUAAAACAGUUACACGUAGAAAGAGUACCGAAAAACCAUUACCCCCUGCAAAUAUGAAUGAUUUGUCGACGGCAGUAAUGGCAGACUAUUUAGCUAACAGAAUACCCCCACCUGCACAUAGUUCAACUAGUAAUCAGCAACAGAAUGGUAGCUACUUUGAUUUUGAAAGAUGGAAUCUUCCACCUCCUCCACCAAAAAUGUUUCCAGGCACUUCUGCAUUUGGUUCACAAGCUCCUUUACAUGCUACGAAUUUUGCUAACCAACAUCAAGCCCUGGCCAUGCAGCAUGGACAUGCAUUAACCUAUUUCCCUCCCUUUCACCUAGGUCCUCAUCCUGAUUUCCAGUCCUCAGUGGAGUUAACACCAUUGUCGUCAUUUAGUGAAACUCCACCUUCGGCUUCCUCGUCAUCAUUUUCUACGCCUGAAACACGUGAAGAGGAACAGCCUAAGGUGGUAGUGCCGAAUAUAGAGGAAGAACUUGGUUUCCUUGCAGAACAACGAGCAAAUACCGCGUCUUCGGUAGCACCCACUUCACAGCAGCAGAACAUUAACAGCACUUCACAAGACGCUACUUCAAAAAUUAUGGAAAAAAAGUUCAAUGUUCCUGUCACGGGCCCCGGCUCAGGCUUCAUGGCUUCUUAUUUAAAAUUUUUACAAGGGGAGCGUGACACCUCUCCACCUCCGGCCGGCAGAGGCGCCAGAAAAUCCACGUGGUCUAGAACAAAUACAACUAGCAAUACAAAUAAUAAGGUAUAUGCACAAAAUGAUCAUUCUAAGGGACCCUGUGAAGGACCUGCCACACAAAGCGCUAAUGGUGCGAUGACAUCGAAUGUAAUAAACAGUGGUAUGUCACUAAGUAAUCCUGCUAUGGGUUCAUCGACUAGCAUGAGCUCCGCGGGUCUAUUGGGAGCCAAUCAAAUACAUGGCGCAGCAACCCACUUACUCGGUUCUCAAGCGAAAGGAGUAGAGUUGGAAGACCCGCGCUAUUAUAAUUUGAAUAAGGAUAGAAAACGUAAAUUUGACGGUAGCGAAGAAUCGUACGACGCUGAGGAAGAGGCGAGAAGAUUGAACAAGCCGGUGCUAAACGUGCCUAGCACACCUCUUAACGAUAAAAAUAAAAAAGCACGAGGGACGACGAUGAACAAGCCAACGCCUUCGGCCGUGGUAGCGCCUCAGCCGGCCGCGCCCAAGAAGCCACGUCCGCCUGCGCCGCAGCCCGUGGCCUCGCUGCAGGCAGCGCCCCAGCAACAAUACUAUUACCAACACCAGCCCGAUGAAGUUGGUGCUCAUGGCGGUAGUCUUGGUUACGGGGUAUAUGGGGCUGCGGACGCCGACAAUAAUGCGAACAGGAAAUUACAGAACAUUAAAUCGCAUCAGCAGAUAUCCAGUAGUGGCCAGAUAGAUAAUACUAGGCCAAUAGAGGAAAUGCCUUAUCAGUCUGGUGAAUUCGUGGCAAUAAAAACUGAGUUAAACGAAAUGUGGCCUGCUAUUUGGAGAGUUGAUGGGAAAACGUUACUGCAAAAAUAUGAGCCUUUUGAAGAAAAUGGGAAGGUUUUGUACAGAAAUAUAUCCACUUACGCAGCGUGGAAUCCAGAUAAUAAAAAGUUGUAUACCCAAGUACCAGUGAAAGUGCGGUCGCAGUCUCAUUUAGAAACAAUAGUAGAAUUAGUUAGAAGCGAACUACCGUUCGACGAUUGUAGCUUCAUUGAGAAAAGAAUGCUCGAGACGCAAAUGUAUCAGGAAAAUUUUGAGGUCUACAUACAGACAUUAAUUUCACAUGCGUUGGAUCCCAAUUUUCUUACAGAAAUAUUUCAAGAGCAAGACGAAUACUUCCUAUCAAACGUGAAGACGGUAGACGAGGUGACGGAGUCGAUGCGGGCGCGCGUGUCGUCGGCGGGCGGCGUGGGCGGCGCGGGGGGCGCCGGCGCCGGCGGCUCGGGCGCGCGGGCGCUGGACGCGGCGGCGGGCACGUGGCCCGGCCUCAGCGUGGCGCCCGGCGCCGGCGCCUGCCGCGCCUGCGCGCGCGCCGCCGUGGCGCGCCUGCUGCUCUACGGGCAGCCCUACAACCCCGCCACGCUGGAGCCCGUGCAGCCCGACGCCAGGCUCGCUUACGAGAAGGAAUUCCUUGUAUGUGCGACGUGUUGCGGCCGCGUACAAUUAUACUCGAGGAUAUCGCACCAGAAGUAUCUGAUGUACGCCGAGUGCAGUAAACGUGUUGCCGAGAAACGAAUGCAGAACCCGAGCAAAGACACCACUGUUAUUCUCAACGAACUAUUAGCGGAUGAAGUCUGGUUAUCCCAGUUGUUCCGAGAUGUUCGGCACUCGUGGGCUGAGGCGGAGUCGUGGGAACGCAAAAUGCGACACGCCAUGUCGCGGCAGAUGAUUUAACGUUAACCUGUACCGUUAUAGUGCUUGGAACACAUACGGACAUUUUCAUAUUUCCUUUUUAUAUACUUUUGAAAUAUGUGCUGUAUGUAUGUAAUUGAUUUAUAUUUUAUAAUAUGUAUCUAUUGGCAUUUAAUGAGUAUUUUUACAAAACUGGACGGAAACUAAAAACUGUCAUUGUACAUCACAUAUUGUUAAUUUUAUUUAUGACUUGGAAACUCGUCGAAUUUUAUUGGCUGUUACUUAGUAUCAGUUAUUUAUUUUAGUACAUAUUCCGGUGCCAUUUGAAUCCUUCUUUUUAAAACUUGACUACUAUUCUCAGUUGGUUAUGUGAUGUCACUAUUGUAGUUAUAAGGCCUAAUCCAAUGUACGUAAAAACCAGGUAUUACAAUAGAAUAUAUUUAUCUGGAGUGACUACAAUAUCAUACUUUAAAAUAAAUCUCCAGGCAUGAUUGGCUGUACAAUCGUAUAAAAAUGCGACAAAAUAAAUUAUUGUAAAUAAUAAAGACAUAAAUAUUACAAUGUGCAAUCUGUUUCAGGGGAACAACAUUAGUAUUAUUCGUUUCAAUUGAAAUAUUUUUUUGUAUAGAACACGUAGGUGAUGGUGCAUAAAAAAUCUCAAUAGCAAUACUGCAAUAAGUCUGACUGUUCCCAAAAAUCUGGGUUUGCUUAUGAAUAUAUGACACGAAAGAUGUUAAGGCGUUCUUUUUAAUAGAAGAAUUAUUUAUUUCUUUGUGAUGCAAAUGUUCUCUACUAUUAAUUAAUGUUGCGUACUCAGCGUACGAAAGUUUUAAGAGAAAAUAAAUAUUAAACUAUUCUAUUUCCGCAUCCUGCACAAUGUAAAAGAGCGAGUUAAGGAAUGGUCUGCGUACAAAACUUAAAACGAUUAAUUUGUUAAAUCAAUACUGUAGAGCUCCUUUUUGUUUUUUAAUUAACAAGUUUUCAAUGCUGAAAUAUUUUUCUCCAGUAAGUUACUAUAUAUCCCUACUGUAUAACUCCAUCUACAAUUCUUACAAAUCGUGUCCGUUUACCUUUUCAUUUGUUCUACAAAAGCUACGUGUGUUGUGUUAAAAAGUUCCUUAUUUGGAGAUCUUGGUGUACGCAAACAUUCGCGAUCGUAAUAGUGUUGUUGUAACAUUCCUGAGAGACGGCCUGAAAUAGUACUAAAGCUUUUGUGAUUCGAAUUUAUCUCUAGGUUUCUAUCAGCCCUUAUUUAUAAAUGAACAAAAUGUGACGAUAUUAUAUUUUUACUUUUAAUAUAAGUACACUAUAAAAGAUAUUUUGUAUAAUUGCUUUAGGUUGUAUAGGUUAUUAUAACUACAUCUAGUUAAAGCGUAGUUAAGUAGAAUUGUAAAAUAUAAAUAGUUCUGUCUGGUAAUUGAAGUUAUAAAAAACUUUAUUUAUUUUGAUUAGACAGGGCUAUCUCAAAUUGUUUUGGACAAUUCUUAUCAUAAAUAAGAUCUAAUAAAUGGCAGUUUUAUGGAAA